AUGUCCGACAUCUUCGUGAAUGGACGUGCUCUUAAGCUGUCUGUAGAUGACUUUGAGCGUCAGCAACAGAGCGACGACGCUAGCUCGACCAAGUACAUCAUCCUACAACUCUUAGACAACCUUACCAAUCACCAGAAAUUAGAACUGGACUCGCUGGAUGUCAAGUACCAGGAGCGUAUGGCCGAAAAAACUUAUCUGUUUCAAUACGCCGGCCACGAUCUUGACAGAAUCCGCGCAAUUCCGUUUGUCAGAUCGGCAAAUGCCUAUGAGCGAAGCCCGAAGACCUCGGCGCACCUCAGAGAUGUCGCUAGACAAGAGGACGGGGAGAGCUCCAUCAGGGUCAACGUGAGGCUGCACAAAGAAUCAGACUUCUCAUCUGAAGAACGUGCCAGUCAGUUUCUUAGCCAGGGAAUCGACGAGGAAGAUGAUGUUAGAGGCUUCUCCGAAAGCAACAGUGUCAGAGUGGCGGUGAAUGCUCACUCCAUCACGGAGCUCGAGAGGCUUGACGAUGCCAAUCGGAUCAAGGAAAUCGAAAAUAUGGGCUUGAACUCAGACAGGUGGCAUGCUCGUCGUCAAAGUUGUUAUUGCCGUGAGUUGGGUAUAAUGUUGGCCAUUGGUGAGAAAGUUUCCAAAGGCGUCAAGUCAUCCGAGGACAAUGUUGAAUGGCUGGUUCAACGCGUCUCCGCCCACGAGCAAGAGGCGCGAAGGUGGAGGAGGCUCAAUCGGAAGCUGUAG